AUGGAGCAACGUAGAGGGUUUGAGAGCACAAACUUCGACUAUUUUUGUAAGCUCAAGAAAGCCCUAUACUGUCUGAAGCAGGCGCCUCGAGCUUGGUACCGGAAGAUUGGAGAAUUUCUACUCCAAUGCGGAUACUCUGUCAAUCCGUCAGAUUCAAGUUUAUUUGUCAAGGAGCAAGACAAAAAAUUAGCAAUUGUGUUAGAUUAUGUUGAUGACUUGAUCGUGACUGGAGAUGAUGAAGAAGAAAUCAAUCGAACUCGAAUAAAUCUAUCCAUAAGGUUCCAAAUGAAGGAGCUUGGAGAGCUGAAGCACUUUCUUGGACUUGAAGUCGAGAAAAGAGAAGAUGACUUAUUUCUCAGUCAGCGGAGAUAUGUCAUAGUGUUGCUAGAUAAGUUCGGGGUACAAGAGUGCAAACCAAUGACAACACCGAUGGAGGCUAACGUUAAACUCAACUGA